AAUCCAAAUCUAUAGGAACACUACCUACAGGUUGCAUGGAGGAUAAGUCCAGAUUGCUUAGAGGUCAAGUCCUCUUGAAACCAUAAAUAUAGGGGUCAUGUAACCAUUUGAAUCUUAAACAUAAAUAGAGUAUGGCAAUUCCCUAAUCCCUUUCCCUCUUCUCAGCCUCGGUCUUCUUCGCUCACUCUGCACCGCCACCCCUCUCCAUGUGUCUUUACGCAGCCUGAGAAUGGUCAGGUUCAGACACCAUAUAUAUUAGCAUAAAAAAGAAGGCCUGGAAUGCCUUUAUCCAGCCUGAGAGUAUGAAUAAUUUAAUACAUGAAGUGCCAAACAAGUUACACUCACCACCUUUUUCUCAUGCAAAUGUCAAACUGCAUACACAAUUGCACAUACUGCUUUUCAACAAGCAGUGGUCUGUAUAACAAUGUGUUCUUCCUUGAAUUUCCAUCAGAAGGGCAUAUCAGUGCCACUAGGACAAAUCAUAUUGCCAGAACCUUCAACAAGAUAAUGAUACAAGGAUUAAAAUUAAUGUCACAAUGGAGAAAAUCAGACAACAGCUAUGGUUAUACAUAGAUAUGUCUUACAAAUAUAUCUAACCUAAAGAGUAGCAUUCUAGAGUCUGGACAACACAGAAAGAUAUGGCAGGAGCUCUUCCUUUUAAUUAGGAUAAGGAAAAGCAUAACAAAGUAGAAUAAUUAAAAUGGCUUUGUUGUUCCACGACAGAAAACACAUACUACAAGUGGAGACACAUCAAAUCUACCAACACUCCCAUUUAGCUAGUUUUUAUACUACUUGAAGGGAAAACAAAAGAUGCUGCCACUUUGAUCAUUCGCUAUAACAAAUUACUUGAAGGGUAAACAUAUGCUUCCAUUUUUGUAUAUUUAUUAUAACAACUACCUACAGCCAGUGGCUCAAUGGCAUGUAUGAAUCCUAUGUUGAAGUGAAAAUACAUGCUGCAUUUUGUAUAUUUACUAUAACAACUACCUACAGUCAGCGGCUCAAUGGCCUGUAUGAUUCCUAUGUCUAAUUACAUUUAAGUUUGAGCAUGGAUUAGCAGCAAGGCAGGAACAAGAUCUUUUAUUAGUAAAAUAUUAUCACUCUAUUCAAGAAAGUUGCUAUCAUUAGGUUGAAGAAAUAAUUAAGGUGCAUAGAACAUCAAACAAUCUCUUUGUACUUUUUAAAUUCCACCUGUGUGUUGUUAUCUGGGUGCAUGGGGUGACAUAGAUCUGGUCUGGGAACAUAGCCUUCCUCUCUUAGUUCUUGAAGCAGGGUCUUCAAGGACGUGUAGAUAUCUUCAGACUCAGGGUGGCUUUUAUCUGAUGCAACAAAUAAAUGGCUGCUGUUAUUAACAUCUACCCAGCUGUACCCAGGUAUCUUCAGGAUCUUAUUAUCCUUCAUCAAUCUUCUAACUUUUGAUACACCAUCCCAUCGCCCAGCAACUGCAUUGAUAUUGGACAUGAGCACAUAAUAACCAGAAUUAGCAGGGUCCAACUUGAACAGUUCUUGGGAAGCGAUGUCCGCAAGUUCAACAUUGCGAUGCACACGGCAAGCAUGGAGAAGAGCACCCCAAAUGCCAGCAUCUGGCUUGAAAGGCAUAUCAGCAAUAAAUUGUAUAGCCUUAUCUAACUUCCCAGAACGACUGUAUAGGUCGACCAUGCAAGCAAAGUGCUCCAUUCGUGGUGCAAUCAGAUAUUUCUUCGUCAUGCAUUGAAAAAGUUGGACACCUUCUUCAACCAGCCCAGCAUGAGCACAAGCAGAUAUCAAAGCAAGAAAUGUUACAUGAUCUGGCUUAUAUCCUUCCUCCUGCAUACCAUGUAACAAGCUCACUGACUCUUUAACAAGACCAUGAGCCCCAUAGGCUGAAAUUAUACUGUUCCAUGAUACUUCAUUCUUAUCAGGCAUGAAUUCAAAAACACGAAGAGCCAACUCCAAGUUCCCACAUUUCGCAUACAUAUCUAUCAGAGCGCUCUCAGCAAAUAUGUCUGCCUUUAUAGGACCCUUUAUGGUAACACCAUGAAUCUCCUUCCCAUAAUAUAUAGCUGGUAAACUUGCGCAUGCGGAUAGGGCAGCAGAUAUGGUUAUAUUAUUGUACUUUAUUCCUUCCAUACACAUCUGACGGAAAAGAUCUAGAGCUUCUUGUGGUUUUCCAUUCUGUGAAAAGCUUGAAAUCAUCGAGUUCCAUGUCACCUCAUCCUUCUGAGACAUUUUUAAGAAGAUAUAAUGGCUCAGGUCAAGUCUGCCACACUUUGCGUACAUGUCCAUCAGUGCACUCUCCACAUAACAUUUUCUUUCAUAUGCGUUUCUUAGAACAUAACCAUGGAUCUGCUGACCAAGAGGCAAAGCCGCCAUGCUAGCACACCCUGGCAAGACGCUAGCUAUAGUAACAGCAUUUGGUUUGAUGCACUGUUCUAACAAAUAUCGGAACAUUUGCAGUGCCUCUUCACUCAUCCCAUUAAGAACAUAACCUGAUAUCAUCGUACUGCCAAUAACCACAUCGAUAGCCCUAGCCGCAUCAUAUAAAUUCUGUGCCAUCCUCACAUCCCUGCACUUGAAAUAGAUGUCUACCAAAGCACUCACCAAAAAGACAUCCAUGUUCACACAAUUCCUGACAAUAUAACCGUGUACCUCCUUACCCUGCUUGAGACCAUUCAAGUCGGUCAAAGCCGGCAGCAAACUCACUAGCGUAAUCGAAUCUGGUCGAGCGCCACUCCUCUGCAUAUCAUAGAACAAUCCAAAAGCUUCAACGAAAAGGCCAUUUUGAACACAUCCUGAAAUCAUUCCAUUCCAGGUUACCAAGUCAUCCUGUGGCAUCAGUUCAAACAAUCUCCAUGCAUCAUCCAAGCACUGGCACUUGGCAUACAUCGCCAGCAAUGUGUUAGCCACUGCCACCUCCGGCUCUAAACCACAUUUCACCGCCAGAGAGUGAAGUUGCGCCCCAGACAGCAAGUCAGCGUCAGUGGCACACACAGACAGAAAGCACGCCAGAGUCGCGAAAUUGGGCUCACAACCAGAUGCCCUCAUGUUCCGGAAUAAACGCACCGCGCCAUCCACGUCACCUGCCUUUAUGCACCCGUCCAUCAUCACGUUCCACAAAACGCAAUCCCUCUCUGGUAUUCCGUCGAACGCGUCGCGGGCGUUCCCGAGGAGGCCAGCGUCAGCGUACAUCUUGACGAGCGCGCUCCCAACGUAGACAUCGUUGGCGAGCCCGAUCGCCCGCGCUGUGCGGUGGACUAGACGGCCCAGGGACAUCGCUCCGAGCGCGGCACAGGACUUGACGACGUAAGGGAGGGUGUGCGCGUCGGGGCUCGGCGCGGCGGGGUGGGACCACAUCUUGACGUAGAAGAGGACGGCGAGGUGAUGCUGCCCGGCCGCGGUAAACCCGCGGAUGAGCCAGUUCCACGGCAGCGACGAUGCGGCGGCGGCGCGCGGGAGCGCGGAGAACACCGCGACGGCGUCGCGGAACCGGCGCGCGAGGACGUACAUGCCCAGGAGCCGGGUGUGGAGCGCCAGGUGGUUGUGGUCGGAGAGAGCGCCGGACACGACGGCGCGAGCGUGGAUUUGGAGGCCCAGCGGGAGGUGCGGCGCGGAGACGCAGCCGCGCAGGACCGCCAGCAAGCGGUCAGCGGAGGAGACAUCCGUGACGGCCGCCGUAGCGGAGAAGGUGGUAGAGCAGAAUGGCCGCGGCGGCAGCUUGAGGCCUGAGCGAGCGAGGCGCAUGGCGAAUCGGUGACCGACCGCAACGAGGCCGUCGUCGUCGUCAAGAAGAGAAGCCGAGGCGGCCGACUGCCCAAGCGUGGGCGGAGAAAUUUGGUAUUAUGAAACACGACGGAUGCGGUUUCGACGAAAUAGAGGCUUAGGCAAGGGUUUCUCCGUUAUAGAAAUGCUGGGCAUAGCCAACACUUUAAAAUGGAAAUGACAGCUCUAUUAACAGGUAACGACGACCUCAAACUCACGCCGUUAUAUUUCCGUUACCAUAUACGUAGGCCUGCUCUUACCCAGGCGGCGGAGGUAGAUGAGCGCGGGGCGGAGCUGGUCGCGGACGCUGCAGGCCAGCACGCGCGGGCACUUGAUCUCCACGCGCCGGUGCGCCGACUCCGGCACGCCCAGGUCCGCGGAGAGGAAGGCGAACACGGGGCGGAGGUCGGCGCGGACGCUGGCGGUCAGCACGGACGGGCACAUGCCGGGUUCUGCUCCAGCGCGCGCCCAUAGUCCACGCCCAUCAGUCCACGCCCAUAGUCGGCAGCUGUGGCAAGCAGGGGGAGGACGCAAGGAGUCUUACGGCGCAGACGCCAGGACACGUGUGGGAGCUUGCUCGCGCCAUGAACUGGGAGAGCGAGCAGAGGAGAGAACAGACUUCUGGUGACGAACAGACUAUGGGCAGACCAAAAGUUCAUGGUGACGAACAGACACCAGAUUCUUCUAAACAGAAGCAAGAACUGACUUUUCUUGACAAGCAGACCAAAAGUUCUGAGCAAUUGGUAUCUUGUGAUGUAGAAGUACAAGAACCAGUGACUGUUGGAACUGAAAAGCUAUCUGAUAUGAAUUCAAAGAAAGAUCACGAGGUUGGUUCUUCCACCGGAUCUGAGAUGACUGAACAACCCAAGGUUGUUAAAGACAAUGAGAGUCUAGUAGCAUCUGAGUUAUCCCCAGAGACAAAUGAUGGUGAUAAAAAGCAGCUAACAGAGUCUGGCAAUAUAACUGCUGACGAAUCAUCAAAACCAAUCGAUACUAAACCUGCUUCUGUUAAACCAAAGAGGGGCCGACCUCCAGCAGCAAAGUCUCAGGAGAAAAAGCCUGUUGGAAAGAAACAGGCAUCAAACCUAAAAUCUCCAAAACUUGAUCCUGUCACUGAUUCUGUAGGGAGAGCUACCAGGCAACUGAAUAAUGAUGUUGCAAAGUCUUCAUCAACUAAGGCUGUUGAUGGAGAAUCUGGGAAGAAGCAACAUAAAACCAGUAUGAAAUUUCAGAAAGAAGAUGCCGCCUCUGAUAAAGACACCGAUGAUGAUAUUAGUUUGAAGGAAAUGGUGUCCCCAACACGGAUUGAUAAAUCAAAAGGCCAACAAGAAGAUAGAUGGACCCCUGUAUCGAAGGAAACGUCUGCUGGAAGCUCAAGAUACCCCUGUAUCGAAGAAAAACAAAAUGCUUGACAAAAACCUUAUUGGCUCAAGAAUUAAAGUUUGGUGGCCAGAUGA